AUGGAGGAGCAUCUUAGUUUGCACCUUGGUGCUGCUGGUCCCACCCGCUCCAGCAGCCAGGCUGCGCAGGCUGAGAGGUGGUUCCACGACACAGAACAACUCAGCCCCUCCUCUCCUCUCGCCUUGCUGAAGUCCUGCUCGGAACCUCAGGGCCGGGGACCGCAGGGAGUGGGGCAGUCGACUGCCGGGAGGGACCCGAGUGGGGGGGAGGCGACUGCCGGGAGGGACCCGAGUGGAGGGGAGGCGACUGCGGAGAGGGACCCGAGUGGAGGGGAGGCGACUGCGGAGAGGGACCCGAGUGGAGGGGAGGCGACUGCGGAGAGGGACCCGAGUGGCGGGGAGGCGACUGCCGGGAGGGACCCGAGUGGGGUGGAGGCGACUGCCGAGAGGGACCCGAGUGGGCAGGAGAAGACUGCCGAGAGGGACCCGAGUGGGGCAGCGAUGGCGGCGGGGAGGGAAUGGGGUGAGCGGGGCUCGGCCGUGCUGGAGCUGCCCCGCACGCCGCGAUUGGUGUGCGUGGAGUACCCGGGGCUGGUGCGGGACGUCGGGGCCAUGCUGCAGACGCUGGGAGGAGAGCAGGGGGUGUCGCGGAUCUAUGCCGACCCUGCCAAAAGGCUGGAGCUGUAUUUUCGCCCCAAGGACCCUUACUGCCAUCCCGUAUGUGCCAAUCGCUUCCCCACCUCCACCAUGCUGCUCAAGGUGAGGAGGAGGACAAAGAAGAAGAAGCAGUUGGACACUGAAGAACAAAUGCAGCCAGAAGUUGAGUUUGAAAUGGAAAUUCUUGGGACUGUCACCACCGUUUACAAAUUUCAAGGAAUGUCUGAUUUCCAGUACCUGGCGAUGCACUCUGGUCCCCAUGGCAAGCAAACCUCCAUGUAUGACAAAGUCCUGAUGCUCAAACCAGAGAAGGAAGAGUUCUUCAACAGAGAGUUACCUCUCUACAUCCCACCACCCAUUUUCUCACGUCUGGACACUCCUGUUGACUAUUUUUAUCGGCCAGAUAUUCAGCACCGGUCAGUGCCACGUCUCUUUAGCUACUAA